CAGUGCGAGGGAUGUUGUGUAGUGACGUCAUUUUCAGCAUCUCGCAUGAUGGCGGUCCCUGUGUCACCCGGGCGGGAUGUUUUUGCGGAGGGAUUGCUGGAGCUGCUCAAACCGGCCGUGCAGCAGCUCGACUCCCAUGUACACGCCGUGAGAGAGAGCCAAGUGGACCUGCGGGAACAUAUUGACAGUCUGGCAUCAGAACUUUGCAAGAUUAAUGAAGAUCAGAAGGUGGCUCUUGAUCUGGACCCAUAUGUGAAGAAGCUCCUGAAUGCCAGGCGUCGGGUGGUUUUGGUCAACAAUAUCCUGCAGAAUGCACAGGAACGUCUGAGGCGUCUCAAUCAUAGCGUGGCCAAAGAGAGCGCUCGCAGAAGAGCAAUGCUGGACUCUGGUACCCACCACAAUCAAGCAUCUCCCAAUAAAUGAAGCGUGAAAAGGAGAAAUUCUGGAGCUGAGCAGUCUCUCCUUUCGAUUGCCAGAUGAGAUUCCCGCCAGCCCAGGUGUGUAGUGGUCUCGUUUCACAUCUUCUGAGACCGAAUUCUACACAAAGCCUGACCCUGGGCCAGCAGUGCCAAAAAUGUAUUGAUGAACUGCACUAGGAGGGAAUAUCCUCUGUCCUAAUGCAUGAAACAUCUUUUAAUAACACAGAUCUUUGUCGCUGUAGCGAUUAAAGAUGCUGAUUUCAUGUGUCUCUAGCUGCAGGUCAGAUGUCCUCAGAAUUGGCUGCUAUUGUCGAACAUAACCUACUUUUACAAAGCCUGUCUCUGUAAACCUAUUGUGUCGCUUCUGCAAUGUCAUGCAGAUCCUGGCUGUGCUGUAAAACUAAAAAAACAUUUUGGUAAAUUCCUUGUUCUUAUGGUAGGUGUUUCCGUUGCUAGCUUCCAUACAUUCCACGAGAACAGUGGUUUCACUAUUACCUGUAUGUUGAAUAAAGAACAGGAUUAAUCGUUUGCGGAAUACCAUAUAUCAGGAGGAGAAAUGGUUAAUUUAUUACAUUCUGUUUGGCACCUUCUGUGUUAAUGUGAUGUCUCUCAAAGUGAACAGGCUUUUGCUUAAAUUAAGUGUAUUUUUCCUGUUGUGUUUUUCCGACAUUUGAAUUGCAAUAAAUAUUAAAUUGAAUGUAUAUAAA